AUGCCGGCCGUCCAUACACUGCUUUUAGAAGAGGCUUUGCAGGACAGUCCUCAGGUGAGUCGAUACUAUGUUCAUGUUAUGUGCCGUUAUUGAGAGGAAAGGUCUUGUAGGAGAUGUCAAAUUGGCUAAACCAGCUCCACUGUUGUAGGCUAUUUACUCAACUCGACGAUGACAGCUUUGAAUUGCCUUAUUGUAAUGGAAAUGUAGACUAUUCCGCAGUUGCACACCCGCGAAUUGGCUAUGUAUGCGAUGCAAAGUUGAUACAAUGUGUCACAAGUCGUAGCUAAUUGUUAUCAGAAACAAAUGUCGCCUACAAUUUGCAUAAUGCUCGAGAUUCGAGAAGGGCUUUCCCUGUCUAGUAUGAGUAGUGACGUGAUGAGUUGCGCAUCGCCCGGUCUGUAGUUGGCUGUUGAUAAAACAGUGUGCAUCAGAACAACGAGUCGUUGUUUAUUGUCACAGUCUUUUGUAGUGUAGACCAUUAUGUUUUGCGAAUGACAUGGAUGAUUUGUUUGACGGAAGUGUUCAAAUAUGUCGUUUUUGAAAAGACCCCGAGUUGGGGCCUGGGCCUAUUUUACGGGCUGUUGUAGUUUUUUUUUGGGGGGGGGGGGGGGGGGUCGAUUGGAAUUAGUUAAUAGCCUAACCUACCCAGCUAUGGGACUGCAAUGUGGAAUAUCUUUCGGUCAGGAUUUGAGGCACUAACUAAACUUAAAUGUCCCCAAUAGCUUUGGUGGUGGGGAAAUGUAAUUCACUUAAUAUUUUUAGCCUACUGUUAUUGUUAACAGUUAAUAACAUCUUAAUAAAACGUUAUAAAACUAUCUUAAUUGCACGUAGUGUAAUACUACUUAAUAAGAGUUAGGUAAAGAGUCUUCUUGAUAUUUUCCACUUGCAGAUACAACAAAUUUAGGAUACAUUUCUGUACGCUAGGCUUCACUGUCUCUUAUGUUAUAAUAGGCUGUGUCAGAAAAAUCGAGCAUAUUACAUGCGCUUAAAUUAUUUUGUCUUCUUAAAUAUGUGUGUAGUUUACGACUGGGUCAUGUGAGUUUAAGUUCAACAUAUGCCUGCGGCUUAUGUCUUGCUCUGCGUAUUUCAGAAUAGUUCAUCCUAUUCAAAUCAAGGAAUCAAUUUGAGUGAGUCAGGGACUAGAAAGUCACGUUUCAAAUGAGCAUAUUUAUGAAUAAAGGGGCUAGGCCUACAAAUGGUGUAAAUAUAAAUCUAUACACACAAUAAAGGUGUGUGCUUCUUUGCCUUACCCAUGACAGUUUACCACACCACGCCUGUCUCCAGACAAUUACAGUUGAAUUACAGGUGAACAAACAGGCUAAAGGUCUUAAAAGCUUAUCCCUAAUUUGGCCUAUGUCAGCGUUUUUCAAUCGGUCUAUUGUCUGGCUGGCUGUCUGGCUGGCUGCCUCCCUUCUGCUUGCCUGUUUAUUCCAUUGCCACAUUGCCAGUCUCUGUCUGUCUGUCUGUCUGUCACUUGUCAUAGGUUUCAGUGUGUCCUCUUCUCUACAGACUCGCUCCUUGCUCAGUGUGUUUGAGGAAGAUGCAGGGACGCUCACAGACUACACCAACCAGCUGCUUCAGUCCAUGCAGAGGGUGUAUGGAGCCCAGGUAACACACACACGCAUGCACACACAUACAAAAGCCUGUGUCCAAUCUAGAGUUGGGCGGUAUCCAGAUUUUCAAAUUGUCAUACCAUCCUUCUCUCACCCUGGGAUUUACAGUAUUACCGGUUUAGUACACAAGGGGACGCAUUGGGCAUCUAUUACCAGAAUGCUAACAAAAUUAGCACAAGUAAUAAAGAAUUUCCAUGGAGGCUGCUAGCUAAAUAUGCUAACGAGCACAAACGAAAAUUAAACACAUUUUCAUUUUUGGUGAGUUUGUACAUUUUCAAGUGAAUGUGAACGAGAGAUAUUGUGCAAAUGAACAAAGUUGUGACUCAUGCAGUACUGGCUCUGGAGCAGCAUGUGUACAGGCUGUGUCUGUGUGGAGUCUGAAGUCGCUAGGGCAACAGGCCUGCCUGCUCUGCUCAGAGAAGAGGGGGGAGGAGCAGACAGGCUGAGAACGGAGAGGAGAAAAAAACGCAAGGAAUUCAAGAUAGCAGUGGCAGCUGUACAAAUAACUCAUCCAAAGGGCUUUGACUUCUCAAACACGGCAGAAAGCUAACACAAUAUGAUGCCCCGUCACCUUAUUAAUUCAGCCACUUACUUAGAUAGCAAGUUAAAUUAGGGGUUUUGUUAACGCAUAAUUCUGUAACGAUGACGCUGGGAGUCGAGAAGCAGGUGCUGGUGGUAAGUUUAAUAAAACAAUGAACGAUACAAAACAGGAGUAGCGUCUGGACAUGAAACACAUAAUCAACACUGCCUGGGGAAUGAACCUAAGGGAGUGACAGAUAUAGGGGAAGUAAUCAGUGAAGUGAUGGAGUCCAGGUGAGUCUCAUGAUGAGGCGCAGAUGCACGUAAUGAUGGUUGUCAGAGCCAGUGAUUAGUAAACCGGCGACGUCAAGCGCCGGAGAGGGGGAGCUAGAUGUGACAAAUUCAGUUUUUCACGCAGGAAAUAAAUAUAAAACACAUAACAAAUAUCUUCCUGCAUUUUGUCAACGCAUAUCUAAAAUGCUUCUUAUUGUAAUUUAUGCUUGACAUCAGACUUUUGUGCUUCAGUUGCACUUCUAAACUCUUAUGAGAAUUCACCAACGGGCAUUCUAUCAACAGACAGAGCUUCAACUGAUGUGUAGCUUAUUUUCUCCAGUACUUUUCUUGGUGUAGCCAGCCAAUUUUUCUCAGGUAAAAUGCAAGAUUAACUUUAGGCAAAAUAUUAGGAAAUGUAGCUGGCUACAUUAUUUAUAUGAUAGGCCUGAACAUUAGAAAUAUGAUGGCCAUGCAUUGUUUGCAUGUUUGCAAAAAAUACCUUGCUUUUUCAUUGUACGCUCAUUUACUUGUGUGGCUGCCAGCCAAAUAGCAUUGAUUUAAAAUGAUUUUUCUGCCAAAUGUGUUGCACCAAUGUAUUUUCUGUGAAGGAAAACUAUAGUUGCACGUCCCUGAUCACUCUAUAGAAGCAAAAAAACACUGUUGACUUCCAAUAUAAAACACGACCCCUGUCAAUACACAGCUGGACUCACCUGCUCCCGCUUUCUCCUGUUGUGCUAUUUACAAACAAACGUGUGACUGGCUCAACUGUGCUGGGGGAAAAAGUAAGCUUCAUAAUGUAAAAUAAUGUGACAGGUGAAAUAUGAAUGAAAUCCGCUUUAUCUCCUAAUGCAUUGCACAAGUUGACUGCAGGUAUUUACUUAAGAAAUAGCUACAAAUAUUAAAAUGUAUUGAAAAACUUCAAAGAAAUAGUUUGUACGGUAUUGACAGUAUUGAAAAACCAUCCCAUGGCUAUUUCCGAAUACCCAUGUAUAAGGUAUAUACGGUAUACCACCAAAGCCUAGUCCAAUCCAAUUUGAAGAGUCAUUGAUUCUUUAUGUGAGGAUACAAUGGCUUAGUUUUCAUGAUGUGUGCAGUUUCUGAGAUGUAGUUUCCUGUAAGACAGGUCAUCCAGAGGAUAAACUGCUAAUAACAUCCCUUCCUGUGUUCUUCAGAGUGAGAUGGGAUUGGCUACAGAACAGCUGUCCAGACAGCUACUGGAAUAUGAGAAGCAAGUAAGUCUCAUUGAGAAUAUUGAACAACACUCAUGUACUUAACUGCAGUGUAUUGCGAUACGCCUGUUACCUAGCAUUAUUUCAGAAAGCAUAAGACUACAUUUAUGAAGUUCUGUCCUUGAGCUGUUCUUGUCUAUUAAUGUUCUGUAUUAUGUCAUUUUUUGAGUUUUGUGUGGACCCCAGGUAGAGUAGCUGCUGCUAUAGCAACAGCCAAUGGGGAUCUAAUAACUAAAUAAGACUCAGCAUUCUACCAUUGGAUUUGUUAGCAUAUUGGUCCUUGACAGGAGAGAGCAGCAUGCCAGCAAUUUGAUGAGAAUUUAGUAUUUCUAACAUCAUAGUCUCAACGUUUAUUUGGAAUGUGCUAGAUUCAGUGUUUUAUGGCAUUUUUAAGUCAUGUUUUUUUCUUCAGAAUUUUGCCCUUGGUAAAGGUGACGAGGAGGUGAUCAGCACACUGCAGCAAUUUGCAAAAACUGUGGGGGAGGUGAGGCUAGUGCAUCUGUGCCUGUGUGUUUGUGUUACUGGGUUUGUGAGCAUGCUGUUUACACAGGGAGUGUUGGUGUGCAUAUAGGAGUUUCUGGUCUGAGAAGAGUGAGUGAGUGAGUGUCAACGACAGUGUGUGAAAGUGCAACAGUCAUGGAAUAUAUGGAGGUGGAAAAAAUAUACAACUGACACAUUUCAACAUUAGAGCAUCCACCAGCUCUCUGUAGAGGCUAUGGGGCCCAGGCUGCCAGAAUGAGGGAGACCAGUGGCGGUACAGCCAGGUAGACAAUCACUCUGGCUUUCCUGGAGGUGGAGGCGUAGUCUAGUGGUUAAGAGCGUUGGGCCAGUAACUGAAAGGUCGAAUCCCCGAGCCGACUAGGUGAAAAAUCUGCCGAUGUGCCCUUGCGCAAGGCACUUAACCCUAAUCGCUCCUGUCAAUCGCUCUGGAUAAAAGUGUCUGCUAAAAUGUAAAAAAUUACAGAUGGACUGAGCCACAAGGGGUCCAUGGGCCUGGCUGGCUAGCCUGUGCUGGAGAGGCAUUAGAGCGGUCAUUGUUUGCCCUUCUGGCCUAACUACACAGGCCUAGAGAAUGCAUCCAUCUCCCUGCAGAUUACACCUAAUCCUGCUCUGACCUUAGGUUCACACUACUGUAGGUGUUGGACACCACUGUGUGUUUACUUGAUAGAUGGUUUAGCACUUAUCUGAAUUUGGCUUCUUUAGAUAUGACUUGAUAACGAAAUUAACCAGUCCAAGUCAAGCACAGCCACAUAGGGUAUAUGCUUUAUAUUGGUAACAAAUUACAGGAUGAAAUUCAUCUUCAGACCAAGAAAAUGUGUUUUGACUGGUUCUCAAUUGCACAAUAGUGAUUUGGCUGUGUGAUGAUCAGUCAUUUUAAUUAACUGCUUUUCAACUCACUUUUGAACCACAAUCAAUCAACCCCCUGCUGUUUUCAGAGAUUACGGAAAAGCCAAGGGUGCCUCUGGAUAAUUUAAUUGUCUCUCCUCCCCAGCUGAACACACUACACUCAGAGCUGGCCACUCAGAUGGCUGACAGGAUGAUAUUUCCCAUGAUCCAGUUCAGAGAGAAGGACCUUACAGGUAGACACAAACACCUGCUCAUCAGCCUGUUGCACUCAUUUUGAAUACAAUUUGCAUGUGAUUGAUUCUGGUUUUGUGAUUUGUCAUGGUUUUUGACACACUGAAUCUCUAUUUGACUUCUCAGAGAUAAGCACAUUGAGAGAAAUAUUUGGCAUCGCUUCUGAUGGUAUGUAUGGGUUUCUCAAAUUUGAUAUGAUUUUGUUUUGGAGUUGUUAUAACACAGUAGCUGAUCAUCAGACUCAUGUCCACUCCUUCCCCCUCACAGAGCACGAGGCUGCCAUGGUCAAGUACAGCAGACUGCCCAAGAAGAAGGAGAAUGAGAAGGUAGUGAUGGGUACUGUAUGAGAUGUCUACUAGCCAAACCUCUAACAGUAGAACAAUGCACUGGUAGUACCUGUUAAACUGGUACAAUAGAUUAAAUUGCCUCAUAAUAGUUGAGAGGUCAUGACAUACGUUAGUUUAGAGAUCAUUUUGCUGUACUUAGCUCUCCCUCUGAUUAGCUGGGUAUUUGCGGGCGGCAGGUAGCCUAGCGGUUAAGAGUUUUGGGCCAGUAACCGAAAGGUCGCUGGUUCGAAUCCCUGACUGGUCUAGGCGAAAAAUCUGUUGAUGUGCCCUUGAGCAAGGCACUGUGUGUGUGUGUGAUUAACUACUGUGUUAUGGUGCAGGUGAAAGCAGAGUUGGUGGGGGAGGUGGCCUACUCCAGGAGGAAGCAGCACCAGGCCUCCAUGCAGUAUUACUGUGCCCUCAACGCCCUGCAGUACCGCAAGAGAGUGGCCAUGCUGGAGCCCAUGCUAGGUUACACACAGGCCCAGGUACCAACACACACCCAAACCCCCAAUUGCAAGUCGUUAACCCAAUAUCAACACACUCUUUACUCCUACUGCAAUAAACCAGGACACCACAUAUUGCUGUGGUCCUACAGCAAGUCAGAACUGGAGAAGCAAUGAAUGUAUUUUCUCUUUGUGUCUCUCUCAGAUCAACUUCUAUAAGAAAGGCAUAGAUCUAAUUUCAAAGAAAAUGGACAGCUUCCUGGCCUCAGUGUCCAGCAUGACACAAAAUAUCCAGGCUCAGUUGGACUCGGAGGCUGAGGCCAUGCGUAUGACCCAGAGAGAGCUUCUCUCCAUGGAGGACACGGUCUACAUGCCUGACCGCGACCCCGCCCCUGUCAACCGCACGCUCAUACAGAAGGCAGGCUACCUCAACAUCAGGAAGUAAGGCUCUGUUUGAUUAGGUUAAAUUCAGUCUUUCAAUAUCUUGCAUUCAAGGGUGAUUUAAUUCAACUCAGUCCUUCAUUCAAUGCUCUUUUAUUCAAUUUGGUGUGUCAGUGUUCGAUGUCUUCUCCUUGUUUGAUGUUUUCAGGCUAUAGCUGGAUGUGUUAAAUUGUGAACGAAUGUGACAGCAUUGUCUGCAGUUCUUGUUUUUAUUCCGUAUCAAAGGAAACUUGAAUGAAUGCGUCAAACUACAAUUACAAUUUGUCUCAAAGUUAAACUUUUUGUACUUCAGUGAAGACAAUUUGUAUGUCAGCCCUGGCAAGGUGGGCUGUCAGCUACGGUUAUAGUUAAAUAUAAGAAGAGAAACUUGUCUUGAGGUAGAAUUGCAGAACUAACGUUGUGAUUUAGUAAAGUGUCAGAACUGUCAAAUACAGUCUUUUCCUCAUAUACAUCGUCAAUCUUUGACAAAUGUCUGCAGCACAAAAUAAAAGGUUCUGCAGAAUGCCAUUUUAUUUAAUGACACAUCUGUCUCAAAUGCUUGUCAAACGCAGCUAUGCCGAAAUAUAAUUUGUUCUCCCCUUUUUUAAUGGACAAAUCUGAGUCAUACAAAAAGUUUUUGGAUUUGAGCUCUUAGCACUUUCUGAGUGCUUUUAGAUUUCCGAUUGAGAUGUUUAGUUCUAUUAGCUGAGUCAUGGAGACGGCAGCUGCUCCAACCCUGUGAACUGGGUUGUGUUCACUAGGAACUAAACGGAAGCAAACGGGCCUUCAGGACUACCUGAACGAUUGUUUUCGUUUUAGGUUGCAAAAGUUUUUCCUAUGUUUUUCUAUGGUGUGCAGUAAUGAAUACAAGCCUUUUCUGCAGUAAGACGGGCCUAGUCACCACAGCCUGGGACCGGCUUUACUUCUUCACCCAGGGAGGGAACCUCAUGUGCCAGCCGCGAGGGGCAGUGGCAGGGGGUAUGGUGCUGGACCUGGAUAACAGCUCUGUCAUGGCCGUAGAGUGCGAGGACAGACGCUACUGUUUUCAGAUCACCUCCCCCAACGGUAAAACGUAUGUACGCUAAAUAUUCACACUUCCUCCUCACCAAGACCUUCACUGGUCACACACAGAUUUGUGAGGAAGACUUGUUAUGACCCUACAAAAAGUGUUAUGUUUUAAUUUUGUUGCAGGUCAAUGAUUUUACAAGCAGAGAGCAAAAGGGAAUAUGAGGAAGUAUGUAUCAUAUCAGUCAAAUAUGUUGUACCUGUUUGUUUCAUAGGUUUCUUUCAUCCAUGUGUUAAAAUCCAUUGUUACAAUUUCAUUCCUGAAAGUUCUUCUUGCCUGCCUGUCACAAGCUGCGUUAGAGGAGCUAUUUGAAAUCUCUGAUGUUUGUUGAGCAAUGGCUAUGAGUUUAAUACUUUCCUUUGUUUCUCAUCUCAAGUGGAUUUGCACUUUGAACAAUAUUUCCCGACAGAUCUACCUGACUGACAACCCUGAGGUACAGUAUAUAUACUCUCUCUAAUCAAAUCAAGUGAAAUAAGUAGUAAAUCAGUAGUAUUUCAUAGCACUUGAAAGAAGUCACAAUUAAUAAAUCAAUAUUAUGUUGUGUGUGAUUAUGUUGUGUGUGAUAAGGCGAAGACACAUUUUUUUUUUACACCAAGCCCAUUCUAUCUGAGUAGCAGCAGGGCACUGUGAUUGACUGAUACAGGACAGGAUGUUUCCGGAGUCCAGUCUAGCCCUAGAGACUUUGCAGGGGGCUGAUUAUGCUCCUGUCUGGUCUGUUUUUAGCACAUUUCCUGAUUGUUUUAGAGAUGAUUGUGCUCCCAUGGGAUAUGUCUAAACUGGGAUAUGGUGUUUUACAGAUCUUAAUUUGAUCACUCUUUUGUUACUGUGUAUUUUACUGCACAGCAGGAAAUGCAAACUUGUAGUGUAUUUUAGUUUUUAAACGUUUCUAAAGUCUGUAAUUUUCACUUUGAAAUUUCCGACUUGAUUUGCACUAAAGAAAAAUGUAUCAACCCCUACAAAAAUGUCCAUUCAUUAUAAUCCACAUAAUAAUUCAAAUGUCCUGUUGCUGUAGACCAAAAGGCUCUAUCUACUGUAUACUGUGUGUGUAUGCAUGCUUGUGGGUGCAUAUGUGUGCGUGCACCAGCAGGUUCUGCAUGUUCAGAAGUAUGCUUUGCCAUAAAUUGAAUACAUAAACAAAUGCAUCGUCUGUUCUGUUACUUCGUCUCUGACCUCAUGGCUCCCUAGUGCCCGUGGGUAAUUUGUUUAUUCCAAACAAACCAGGAAGCAACUCUGGCAAGAUGCAAACAACUGAUGGGUUAGUGUAAGGUCAAGUACUGCUUCCAAUUGAUACUUUUCAUAGGCCUAUAUGGUGUACAUAGCCUGUCAUGUAUUAUGUAAGACUUAUAUUACUCUAUUGAUGACGGUGAAGAAGGUUGGUUUGAUCCCAAAGGUCUUCUAUACCUGCCUCAAACUAAAUAAUGUUCCCAAUAGAAUUAGCCAAACUACGCUCUCUUGUGGCACCAUGUGUUAGUCACAGAGCAUAACGUUAGGACUUUUAUCAUUAUUACAGUGUAAUGACAGAAACUGCACCCUGUUCCCCUCUUUAGGCAGUGGCCAUCAGACUGAACCAGACAGCCAUUCAGGCGGUCACUCCCAUCACCAGCUUUGAGAAGAGAGGAGAGGGCUCGCCCAACCCAGACAGGUUAGCCUCAAUCAUGUGGGGGAAACACCUUGAUUUUCCUGGAUUUCCCCAAGAGGAAAAAAAAGAAUAUCUGCAUGUUAUUUCAGGAAUUCUCGCGAGUACACUCGCACUCAUCAUUUUAAAUUUAUUUUUCCCUUCCUCUCUCUUCAUUUCCCUACCUCUCUUUGCAGGGCUAAGCCAGGUGGGAUGCAGUCCUCUAGCGGUGCGUCCCAGAAGACCUCCAGUGCUCCUGAGCCAGAGGACCUGAUAGUUCCCGGGACACCCAUCCAGUUUGACAUCAUGCUGCCUGCAUCGGAGUUCCAGGACCAGAACAGGACCGGAGGGAGGUAAGAUCGACACCACAGGGCUGGUGUGUCAGAACCAUUUAUUGUACUCUGAUUUGUACAAUAAUAGCUCAACUGGGUUUAAUUGUGUGUGUUUCUUCCCUGACAGGCGUACAAACCCUUUCGGAGAAACAGACGAUGACUGCUCCCCUGAAAGCGACGGUAGGAGUGUCUCCAAUCCAGUUUUCAUUGGUACUGUACUCUUUAUGCACUACAUAUCCCCUGAUCCUCUCUGUCUCCUGAUGUGUGUGCGUGUCUGUGUAGACUCCCUGCUGCAGCAGGUGUUUGCGGUGCGGUUCCUGGGCUCCAUGGCAGUGCGUUCGGGACAAUCCCAGGAGGUGAUCUAUGAGGCCAUGAGACAGGUGCUGGCGGCCAGAGCCAUCCACAACAUCUUCAAAACCACAGAGUCCCAUCUCAUGGUCACCAGCAGUAGUCUCAGGUACAAUAACAGGUCAAACGGCAGACCCAUGAUAGUGCUUAGAGAGUUUAACCUUGCCACUGUGCUUCUGCUAGCUAUGUUGAUUUAUUGUGUUCUCUCUUUUGUUAUCUUUACCACAGGUUGAUUGACCCCCAGACACAAGUCACAAGAAUCAGUGUAAGGGCCUGAAAAAUGUUUACACAGGCAGCCCAAUUCUGUAUUUUUUCCACUAACUGGUCUUUUGACCAAUCAGAUCAGCUCUGAAAAAUAAUGUGAUUGGUCAAAAGAACAAUUACUGGAAAAAAUAUCAGAAUUGGGCUGCCUGUGUAAACGCAGCCGUAUACUGUAGUUAUCAGUGUAAUGUUGUCUGUUCGCUAGUGCUUCACUCCUGGUGAUAGCACUAAGGUUUCAGAAUGAAUUCAUCCCUAUUGGUCCUGCUCUCUCUCCUCUUCCUCCCCCACAGUUCCAGCUACAGGAGGUGACCCAGUUUGCGGCCCACCAGGAGAACGGCAGGCUGAUGGGCUUCGUGGUGGAGGGGCGAGACUGGAGCGAGGGGGACGAGGAGGGAGAGCCCUCCUUUAGUGCAUUUGUCUUCGAGAGCAACACAGAGGGGGAGAAGGUAGGCAUCUUAACACACAUUCAUGUGCUGGGCUCACUAGGGCACAAAGCCUUCAGUCAGUGACUUUACUUGUCCUUUAUUUGCCAUGGGUUCAUCUGUUUCACAAUGUAAUUUGCGUCAUAUCUUUAUUCACAGAUAUGUUACACAAUAAGCUUGGGGAAGGAUAUUAUAGAGGCAAAGAAGGUAUGUUUUUAAAUCAAUCUCAAUUUAUGAAUUCUCAAUCUAACCCACUAAUAUGCAUCUGAAUCUCUGUGUCGGUCUGUCUGUCUGUGUGUGUAAAGGACCCAGAGGCUCUAGCCCAGCUGUUGAAGAACAUGCCUCUGACCAACGAGGGCAAGUUCCUCCUGCUGAACAGCGAGACAGGCAACACGGCUAACGGAGGAGCUCCGGAUGAGGAGGAGUCUGAGGCCUAG